GAAGUCAUACUUCCUGUCUUUUGCUACUUAACCGACGCUGUUUGUUUUCGUCGUUGUAAACAUGGACGUGAGUCAGAGACUCGAUCCUCUCGUUCGGUUUGUCAUCACGACAUUUACCAUCGGCCUCAUGGAACUCUGAAGAGGAAACAAAGCCGCGAAUUAAAUCACCGGAAGUCAGAUAAAAUCCUGCGGUUUAAGCUAAGCUAAAGACGAAGCUAAUCUCUCGUUAGCCCAACCAGGAAGUGUUUUGUUGUUGUUGUUGUCGUCGUGUUUGUUGUGGUCGUGCCACCACAUGGACAUGUACGGAUACAGCGGCGUCCUCCUGGCGAAGCGCUUCCUGGACGACUCCCCGUCCGACGUGACGAACAUGUCGGACAUCGGCAGGGCGACGAGCCCGCACGGCUGCGACGACGGAGCGCUGACGGACCGGUUCGGCGUCCUGAUCCAGGCGCUGCUCGCCGUCGUCGCCUUCAGCACGCUGAUGUUGAAGAGAUUCCACGAGCCCGUUGGCGUCAGACGACCGUGGAGGAUCUGGUUUUACGACACGUCCAAACAGGCCAUCGGCGCCUUGUUCAUCCACUUCGCCAACGUCUUCCUGUCCACGCUCACCAAGGCAGACCCCUGCUCCCUGUACCUGAUGAACUUCCUGCUCGACGCCACGAUCGGCAUGCUGGUCAUCUGGCUCGCCGUCAAGCUGGUGUCCAGGCUGGUGGAGCACAAGCAGUGGACGCUGCUCAUGUUCGGAGAGUACGGUGACCCUCCCCGGGCCGCAGCCUGGCUCGGGCAGUGCGGCGUCUACCUGCUCAUCAUGGUGCUGGAGAAAGGCGUCAUCAGCCUGGUGCUGCUCAUCCCCGGAUGGUCCAAACUGCAGGAGGUGUUGCUGGGCUACAUCGCUAACCCUCAGCUGGAGCUGGCGCUGGUCAUGCUCAUCGUGCCCUUCAUCGUCAACUCUAUUAUGUUCUGGGUGGUGGACAGCCUGAUGAUGAGGAAGUACAAGACGAUGAAGAGCCUGGACGAUGACUCCUGUGGCGGCGGCGUGGCGGCGGCGGAGAAGGCCGACGCGCUGCCCUGGGCCAACGGCGACGAAUCGCGGGUGCUGCUGACCGUCGAGACCGACACCGACGAGGCGUCCGAGGGGGAGGAGGAUGCGGGACCACUCCCCAAUGUGCAUUACUCAGGCGGACCGGUGCGACCCAGCUGGGUGCUGGUGUAAAACCAGGUGACGGGUCAAUCAUCCAUCCGUCCACCGUCCACGCACACUCCACACUUAAGAGCCUGAAUAUGGACAAGAUCAAGAGAAAACGCCUUCUAAUCUCCUCAGAUUAAAGGUGUGAAUAUCAGUUUGUUUGCAAGCACAACUAAAGGUGAUAUAACCUGCGAAUGUGAACACUGCAGCUGCCUUCUCCUUCUUCUUCUUCUUCUUCUUCUGCACUCGGCAUACGCAUGAAAUAUCAAAUAGCAUUGUGGGAAUCGGAAGCUCUUGUUUUUCAAAAAUCCGUCUCGCCUGCGCCGCCUCCGAUCAGAGCAACCACAACUGAGCGUGUGCGGAGACGAGAGGGAUUAUUAAGGAGCAGGAGCAGCAGCAGCAGCAACCGCCACACUUGGGACCUUUUGGGAAUGAUGCCGCUCUAAAGAGAGUCAUUAAUCACGUAUCGUAUUCCAAAGAGGAGCGAACCAGUAAAGUAUUUCUGCUUUAAAGUUCUACUCUGUCAAAUAUAACCACUUCAAAUCCACCUUUUUGAAUUUGAGGUGUCACUAUAGUCGGUGUUCUCCCUCUUACUUUUCAGAUAGAAGGAUGAUCAGUGGCGUUGUCAUUAUUGUUUUAUUUUUUUAAAGCACGCAAACGCGGAGCUUUGGCUGCCGCAGUCGUGACGGACCAACAUGUUCAUAAACGAGGUUCAACGGAAGAGUUUCUACUCCCUUUGAAUCCGGCUGUUUUCACGGAGAUGAUAUGUGGGU